AGUAACCUCCCGAGCCUUCUAUAAUACCUUGUGACUCGGGGUGCCUGGAUCCAGUUUGUGUGUGGCUCGUCUCUUGUCGCGUUCAGUCAGGUAACACAGGUGUAUCCAGGCCCUACUGAAGAAAACUUUGGGUGAAUUGCUAUAAGGACAGGACAACUGUAGUCAUACACAAUGGGAUGCCCGAAGGAACGACUGUUGAUCUUGGCCAUCUGUCUGUCUGUCAGUCUGUCUGUAGUAACAGCUGGUUGGACAUCCUGGCUAGAUCGAGACGACCCGUCAGCUAGCGGCGACUGGGAGACAGUGGCCGACUUCAAUAACAAACCGUGCAAUGGCCUUGCAACCAGGAUAGAAGCCAGGAUAAAGGGAGAUAACACUGUAAUUUUAUCAUCCAGCCAGCGAAUCAGCGUGGGUCCUGACUAUGGACUUGGGUGUAGAAAUGCCGACCAGUACGAUGGCAGAUGUUUCAACUACCGCGUCAACUACCGCACACCCCCCCGAACGUCGAAGACGUUUGAUAGAGAUCGACCUUCGGGUAGUGGCGACUGGGAAUUGAAGAGUUUGGAGAAAGGCAAUGACUGGAAAAACGGCAAAUUCAUCCUCUGGAACGCAAAUAUCGUCAACUACGGUUUGGUGAGCGAGCGUUUGGAGCUGGGGCCUCGUUAUGGACUGGUCUGUGAGAAAAAGAACCAGCCAGAUAAUAGCUGUCAGGAUUACGAAGUCCGGUUCUUCUGUUAGUAACGACUAAUUAUAGGGAACUAUUGGUUAUUCGCCAUACUUAAAGUGUUAAGUGUUGUAAUCCUUAACUGGACAUUCCAAAGUAAAAUUUACAUGUUGAAAAUGUACCAUUUAAAUGUAUAUGCUAAUAUUAAGCUCAUUUGUCUAAUCGGUUAUCGAUCUUUGUGCGAGGGACAUCAUUUGUAAAUUAUUUGUCACCAGAGCCUGAUAAGCUAAACUCAAAUAAAAACGAGGGAUGCUUUUGCAGAAAUAUUGUGAGUAUCAAACAUUAACUGACUGGAAUAGAGGAGUACAGUAUCAUAUGUACAGACUUCAAACGCUUUCUGCGAUGUGAUGAAUAAUCAAUAAAUUAUUACCAUAACA